AUGGCGCGCACAAGAACGUCAACGAAGAACACCGGGUUUGUUGCUACGGGUCCUGCCGUGGAAAAAGAAACUGGUCAGUCACGGAAAAGAGGCAGUAGGGGUAAAGGUGAUGACAAGCCCGCAAAAAGGGCCAAGAACACGAGGACCACCACUGAUUCCGACCCCAAGGAAUCCGGCCAAGCACAGAAAUCUAAGAAGAAAACAGAGAAGAAGGACAAAAAGGAGAAAAAAGAGAAACCUAAGAAAGAAAGUGGAACCAAAGGGGACGAACAUCGUGUUGUGACUGCAUUUUCUGUUCAAGAGCGCGUAACGACUGUAGCUCCUCUUCGCCAACCGCGUGUGAGGGGUGAAGGUUUUUUUCCUGAACACCGUGUAGUGACUGCAUAUCAUGUUACUCGAGAAGGUCAAGAGGCCGAGGAAACGGAAUUCGAUGUAACCAAGGAGGAGAUAAAGAAGUUGCGUCAAUCGGCCAAUCUAGCUGACCGCGUGACUUCUGACCUUUUGGAGGAAGAGGUUCAGUACGCCGAAAAAGACGCCCAGAGCGCUGAGGCAGUCACUAUUAGCACCCAGCGAAGUCCUCAUAGACUGCGGCGUCCCCGAACGACGUGGAAGAUUGAUGGGCCGCCCAUAACUAACCCCGAGGACGUUCCCGAGGACUGGGAUAUCAAUGAGAGCGACCUGGACGAGUUUGCCAUGAUCGCAUCCGAGCCUGACCUAUCGGGAGAUACUCUGGUUCGAGUGGAUACGUUGAAGAAGAUCGAAGCCUGUCUUCUUAAAGAUAGUGACCCAGAUAAUCAGCUUCUAAAUGUUAGAGCGAUUAUCAAAGCCUAUCGCCAGAAGGAAAUUACCUUCAACCCGCCCUACGUCACAUACUGGGUCCGUGGGAAGCUGUACAAAGGACCAGAAGUAUUUGAGCUACAGAAUCCAGCUCAAUACCAGCGAGAGUUGAAACAAGCAAGGCCCUUCUGGGUAGAAGGAUGGGACGGACCGGCACCUUCAUCGUUGAAUUUCGUGGGAACUAUCCCGCCGAUAUCAGCAAAUACAUUCACGCACACUAUUCGGCUUGCAAUGCGUCCACCACAUAUUCCGGAUUAUAAGAGCGACGAAGUUGGCGACCUCAGCACUGACAGGGGUCAGGUAGAGUUUGACUUCUUAGAUGAUACCGGCUGCAAACACAUGCUUAUCUUUGACCGAGAUCGCUGGGAAAUCGAGGAGAAAUAUAACUGUGAAUGCCCCGAUAUGGGAACAACAUACGUGUCUACUGCCGCCGGAGUAGCAGCACUGAAAGCCAUUCAUGUAGACGUCAGCUUGUUCUGGGAUGAGGGCUAUGCAAAACAUCAAAUCCUUCCAUGGAGUACUGUUACCUGUUAUGUUGUGUCAGGUAGUGUUGCACCUACACAACCGCGACUUAGUGGAGUAUGGCUUAGGCACUUGCUUUACACGAUGACGCGGCCUGAUAAAGAGGGCAGCCUCUUUUUGAGUGACGAGUUCUUUCACGAUGGCCACAAACUCGAUUCGUCCACGAUGCUAAAAAGAAGAACUCCACUUCCUGUAUCGUUUAGGACUCCCCAAAGUGACGUCGCUGAUAAGAAAUACGACGACGAGCUGCGACGGAAAAUUAGACAGCGCAUUUGGGAUCGAGAGGAUUAUGAGGCGCAGGAGGCUGCCGACGCCAAGAGGAGUUGGUGGUUUCGCUGGAACAAAAGGCGUACAGGAGAAUAUAGACCACCACCCUCGGAGAGUAAUGCUUCAUCAUAUGCAGAGCUAAUACUGCCACUGCUACGCAUGCCGCACGGAGUUGAAGUUCAGGAUCAGAUUGGCUUCGGCAAUAUGGCCCCUGGGGAAAUAAUGAAGGGCAAAAACGCCGGUGCCCGUCGCGUUAAGCCUCCUCCCAGCGAGAGUUUUGCCUCCGAAGAUUUUGAUGGAGUUGACUACGAGGAUGAAUAUGAAGAUGACCCCGAACUUGAUGACCGCGAGGACGACGAGAAGGAAGAGCCGGGGUUUUUCAGUAAGUUGAUAGGUAUGGUCUUUUGA